AUGGACGGGCAGCAGGGCGAGGAAGCGGUAGCUGUUUCGCAUUUCUGCCUGGGUUUUGCCAGUCCGCUUUCUUCCUUCUCGGCAGCUUCAUUAUCAUAUCGCUUACUCGACCCAAUCUCCACAGACAAACACACACGCACGCACGGGGCACACGCACACGAAAACGCGUACCAACAUCCCUCAAGCCACAGACUAGACGCACCAACCUACACCCGGAGACGCGAAGACGGUUGCCCACGCGCGCCUAUGAACAGAGGAGGCGGCGGUAUUCCACGGACGCAAGCGAGUGUACUGCUAAUUGCCAGAGGAGAAGCCGUGUUCAACAAGAUUAAGGAUAAUACGGAACCGGCUAUUGCGGUGCAGGAGAUACUAGAUGGAAGAGCGGAGGGCGGCAGAAGAGGCGCCCGUGGAGAUGAAGGGAGCGGGGCUUACUGCGAGCAAAGAGUACAAAUUGAAAGGGAGAGCGUGUGGCUUUGUCUGGUUGUCGAGGACUUCGUUCUGUGCUUAGGGGACAAAGGGCGCAUUGUUUAUAGAUGA